CAUCGUUUAAAGGUCGAAUACCCGAUAAUUAUUUAAAGCUUAGUUACUUAUCUAAUUAUAUUAUCACGAACCGUGGUUACAAAUAUUCUUAACGGAAUUUUUAAGCGGACUAACCGUCCUUGUAACAGGUGCUCUUGAAUAAUUUCCGCAAUACACUUUACACUGUUUACCCGUUCUCUCGAUCCUGACUAUUGAUUAUAAAAUAUUUAUUCGAGGAUGCCUUCCCAUACUUCCCAUGUUAAUCCAUUCAUUGUAAUUAUUAUUAAACACAUUAUUUUGUGAACAUCCUCAUUGUAUCUUGUCCCUAUUUAAUAAAGUUUGUGGAAUGCAACUGGAAACACGGGAUGAAAUAAAUUUUCAGACUAUGGUAAAUCAAGAAAAUGUGAAGAAUGCCAAGUCUUCCACUACCACAUUAGCUGGGAAGACGAAAAGGGCUGCUUUGGGUGAAAUAGGAAACAAAGUAAACACAUUAAGAGGCAUAGAGCCUGUUGAUAGGACUAGCUUGCUACAGAAGGACCCGAAAAAAAUUGUGGUGCCAAAACAAGCAGUCAAACCGCAAGAGAAACCGACUGAAAAAGUACCUGUACAAGUGGUUAAACCUUUAUUGAAGGCUGCAGCUCCUAGCGUAAACCAUGCAGUGCUGCAGCUUCCCAAGAAGGAAAUAGAAUCGUUCUCGUCGGAUCUGCUGGCGAUUGAAGAUAUCGACGAGGACGAUAAAGAGAAUCCUUGUUUAGUUUCUAUGUAUAGCAAUGAAAUCUACGAAUAUUUGAGAAAGGUGGAGAGCAUGUACCCCGUUAACAAAGGAUAUCUUAGCGGACAAGAAGUUACACCAAAAAUGCGGAGUGUACUUAUAGAUUGGCUAGUAGAAGUACACCAACAAUUCCACUUGUUGCAGGAGACAUUGUAUCUGACCGUUGCUAUCAUUGACCGAUUUUUACAGAGUUUUCGCACGAUAGAUAGGAAGAGGUUGCAGUUAGUCGGUGUGACAGCUAUGUUCAUCGCUAGCAAAUACGAGGAGAUGUACGCCCCGGACAUAAAAGAUUUUGUAUAUAUCACCGAUAACGCGUACUCGAAGGUAGAAAUACUGCAGAUGGAAAUCGUUAUCGUACAAACGUUAGACUGUUGUUUCGGUAGGCCGUUACCCUUACAUUUUCUGAGAAGGUACAGCAAAGCUGGAAAGGCUGUUCAGGUGCAUCAUACAAUGGCCAAAUAUUUUCUAGAACAGAGUUUAGUACAUUACGAAAUGUGUCAUUAUCCACCGAGCCUUCUCGCAGCAGCAGCGAUAUAUUUAGCUUUUCUAAUUAUUGGUAACGAUGACGAGGACAAGCAGAAGUUAGUCUGGACGAAUACCUUGGUUCAUUAUAGUAGCUACUCCAAGGACGACGUGUUACCCGUGGUGCGGGAAACAGCGACUAUGAUACUUAACGCUGAAAAGAGUAAAUAUCAGGCAGUGAGGAAGAAAUACGCCCAAUCGAAAUUUAUGAAGAUCAGCAUGCGCCCCGAGCUUAGAUCACCCACGAUGAUCGCUAUAUCCACCGUGAAUAAACCGACGGUGUAAUGUUUGUUUUUCAAAGGUAACCGGAGCAAAUACUUUGUUUGUUCAAUGAUCCUUUGAACGAAACAGUUUUUUAUCACGUAUAGAAUGAUAUAUUUUCGAGGAAAGAGAUACGUGAGAGAGACGAGCAGGUUUGAAACAAUAAGAUUAGACGAGACUAUCUUCAUUCCUUACUUGUUUCGCACAUGUUUUUCACAUUGAAUAGAGUAGCAUGUUUAGAUCCCUUCAAUAAACAAAUUAUUUCUAAGUGAUGACUUCCGCUCCGAAAUAUAUUGGAGUAAAUGAUUUGGAAAUAAUUUAAAA